AAUGUGGAAGGAGGGCUGUGUUCUGGUCCAACACGUCAUCCACCAGCUCACACCACUCCCCCAAAACCAGACUGGGCAGGAGGCGGUGUGCAGAGCCCCGCUCCAAGCCAAUUCAGAGGAUGAAGGAGAUGUACCUAAAGGCAAACACUUUCCUCCUUUGCAACCUGGAGACAGCUCCCUUAAGGAAACCUGCUCAGCAUCAGGCCUCUGCCAGGCCCACGUGUGGUCCUUGCAUGCCAGUUAACAGAGAAGCCCCCUUGGGCCAAUGCCAUCUCAUGCCUAGCCAAGGCUCCUUUGAGUAGGGUGCAGCUGGAUUCCAGCCCUCUCACCAAUGUGGCCAGGCCCUUUGUGCAGUGCACAACCCUUACAACUGUCCCAGCCAGGUGUCUCCUGUACUGCACGCUUUCUGCACUGCACUGUGGACUUCCCAGUGUGCCCCCUGAGUCUCCUACUCUUCUUCCCACUGCCUUUGCAGCAUCCUGAGAGCAUUUACCUUCCUCCCCCCUGGGCCAAACAGGCAUGUCUGGGCUGCAUUUCACAAAAAGUGCUGGAGACCCUCUGGAGAGGCUCAGGCAAGGCCCCUAACUGUGGAACCCACAGUGAGGACUUCAGCCCCUGGGGGUGUUCAACCAGAGGCCACCGCAGGGAACAUGGCCAUAAUAGGACCCAAUCCCAGACUCUGAUGGCUUUAUAUAUUGCUGGGGCUUUUCUGGGUCGCUGCCUACUCCCUGCCAAUCCUGGACUUCCUCCCCCCAGGUGUCAGCCAGGGUCCCUGGCCUACAGAGCAAGGGAGAAGGCCCACUGGCUGGGCUGCUUCCAGAGGUUCCUGGCCUACAUGCUGCUCUCUGUGGCCUGCUUCCUCCACCCUGUCCUGGUCUGGCACGUGACCAUCCCAGGCUCUAUGCUCAUCAUCACUGGCCUGGCCUACUUCCUGCUGAGCAAGCGGAAAAAGAGCAAAGUUGCCGCAGAGGUGCUGCCCCCCCCAGAGCAGUACACGGACCCCUCUGGCAGCGCCGUGAGUACCACCGGCUCUGGGGACACCGAGCAAACGUACACCUUCCAUGGGGCCCUCAAGGAGGGGCCUGGCUCCCUCUUCGUCCACAUGAAGAGCGUCCUGAAAGGGACCGGGAAGCCCAACGCCCUCCAGCACCCAGACGCCCUGACGGAGCUGACUCUGGAGCCAGCUGAUCCACUGGCCAAGAAGAAGCAGGUGCACUUUGAGGACAGUAUGGUCAGAAUGAUCCCGGACCUGGCCGAAGACCUGGACGAUGGGGACGGCGAGCCAGAGGAGACCACCUCUGACACCACCCCCAUCAUCCCUCCCCCCGAGCCCCCACUCUUCCUAUCUUCCCUCACGGGCACCAGCCUCUUCUGAGCUGCUUGUUCCAGGCUGGGGGAUGCUCAGCAAGGGGUCUGUAUAGAUAGACAGCCCUGCCUGGAAUUUCCUGAUGUCCAGGGGCCCUCCGGGGAGCUCGGGGUCUUCACAGGUCAGUUCUUCAACGGGUGACCAGACAUCCCCACGGUAUCUGGGCCUCUGGGACCAUCGAGCGACAUGACAGGUCCUGCGGAGACCUUGAGGGUGGCUUAAACGAAGCUCGCACUGCCUUGAACCCUCACAAGUUUCUCUCUCCCAGACAUGGAGCGGAGAAAUCCUUGUGCUUUCCCCGAAGGAGACCAUCAUUCCCACAUCACACAAGGCUGCGUCAGUCCAGAAGCCCAGGGGCUUCUCUUGCUCCUGACACAGGACCCAGCACUCAGCAAGGACUCACGGCCCAUCUCAUCUCUGAUGUAACAUUUCAGCUCUGAAAGGCCAGGGAUGCGUUGGCAGCUUACACAUCUCAGAGGCAGGUGUAGACUACAGCUAUGGGUCCUGAACUCCAACCGAGAUGGUUCAGGACAGGGAGCAGGGAGAAAAGGCAAGGGUGCGAGCCCUCAGGAUGGGAGCAGCGCCGAGCUGUGGGCCGAAUUCUCUGCGCGCUCUGGGGCCGGCGCUGGGCAGCAGGAGUCACAGAGUGACUUGAGACAAUGCGGCUCUGUGCUCACUGCAGGGAGAGCCAGGCCAGAUGAGCAAUAUUCAUUCCAGAAGCAUCGCUGAGGGCUCCCUACAUCCUCACUACAUGGGCUCUCAAGAUUCCAAGUAGAUGAUGUAAACUGAAAGAGACUGAAAUCUGACAGUCCUCAGCCAUGAAUGCCAACACACAGGACAAGACGCUUGCUGUAUGCAGGGACCACAGAGGCGGUGCCCUGGAGACUCACACAGUACGGAGACAUUGCUCUGCCCUGCUUGGUGACUGUUGGGAGAAGAGGUGAGAAAUGUAUAUUUGUUGAAAAUGCGAGAGAAGGAAGGAAGAGCGGGAAAAGAAGGAAGACAGGAAAGUUGGCAGGCAGCAGGCCAGGUCUCUGCCACAGGGCCACGGAAGUGACAGUUAACCCAGAAUGAACAAAGAAAGAUGAAUCAGAUACUCAGUUAAGGAUUUGCAAUAUGUAUUUCUACAAAGUGUUCUGUGGUCCAUGGGAUUGUUACAAGGCAGAGCAGACACAUUAUUCUUCAUAGGCAAUCUUAAUUAAUGAGAAAUUAUAAUGCUUCUUCAUUCGUGCGUGUGAGCAAACACCAGGGUUCUGUAGAGCAAAACUUAGAGCACAUGCUUUAAGGUCUAGAUUAGAAACGUGUGCUCAUUCUUGUACACUUUUCAACAUUCCCUACAAGUUAUUUUGCAAAUGUAUGGAAAUAGCCAACCAGAAGCUAGUAUCAGUUUGGUGCCUAAAUGCAGCAGGUAUCCCAAACAAGCAGACCUCUCCCUGCAAUAACCCAGUUCUUCUGUAAAACCAAGUGAGAAAAGACAUUCUCACAAGCCUUCAGAGGUGGAAGCAAUAGCGUUGUUUCUUUAGCUGCCGCCGAGGAAGAAGUUCAGGAUCUGAGAGUCACAGCUGGGGGAGAAUGAGUAAUAUGGAACAUGGGUCUGGGUAGGCGGGGAUGGCCCCUGAUUCCGAAUGGGCCAGGUGUCCCAGGCUGGCCUGCUGUGCACGGAAGGAGUCCCAAGUGGGGAGGAGCCAGGGUCCCCACCUGUCAUGUGGAGAGGAGGAUACGAUGGGCACAGACACCCUCGCGUGGCACAGGCCUCUGGGGAACCCGACGGCCCUGCCCCAUUCUCAGCCCAAGUCAGCAGAGCUGGAUGGGUGGGUAGGCUGCAAGAAGCAAACUGGGAAGCAUAAUGUCCGAGCUUUCAGACCCCAUUUAAUAAACAUCUCUGUUAUAGCAUCGUUUGGGAUGUGUCUUAGAGGUAAGGUGGGCAUUGGGAGUUCUGGGUGAUAUGCGUGUGAUUCUGAGACAUCUAGGCUUCCUGGUGGCUGUCAUCAGUUAAGGGAGUCCGCUGGGUAUGCUGCAUUAGAGGCUGAGGCGAUUAUGAACUUACCUAGGUUAACAAAGUAAAGCUCUUCCACACUCUUAUUGCUGACCCCACACCCACCCCCGAAAAAAAGGUUUGGGUGAGAUCAUUCAAUAGACCAGAGCCCUCAUCUCUGUCAGUGGACCAGGCAAGAAACGUGACACCUUCCUCAAAAGCAGGCGACUACCACAUGUCUCCAUUUGAUUCUCAGCCCAAGACGCUAUAACCACAUCCUUAGCUACUGCUCUCCCUACAAAUGUGUAAUGACACCCAUCCUUGCUGAGAAACAGAGACUAGAAGGGCUGACUUUGUUGUAGCCCGCCUUCCUUUUUCAGCAGAAGGCAGAGCAGAUGUUGCGUAGACGUAGAACAGAGCUAUUGGAAGUAGAGCCCUGGGCUGGGGAUCGUUAAAUCUGCCCUUAACACGUUGAUUGACCUGGGCCAAGCCCCAUCACUUCUCUGGUUUCAGUUUCCCCUAGUAAGUGGGAGUAACAGCACUUCUCUCAGGAUGGGUGCAAUGAAUCCUCCAAGAAAGAUGGGGAAAGUGCUUUUCAGAUUACAAAUCACCCAAGUCGGUGUGAGUGCAUGUUCCUAUUACUGUGGGGACCUCUCCGUGAGGAAGCCCCAAAGUAAGGAAACACAGAAAACAUCACCAAGGCUUGUCUCCAGGGCAAGGCCAAUGCAGGUCUCAAAUCCAGAUUCCAGGCCUUGAGCCUGGAAAGGGUGUAGAUACCACCCUCCAGCUUAGAGAGCCAUAGUGGACCCCCAAUCAUGAGGAGCUAUGCCCUGGGGGGUCACCCAGUGUUCCAAUCUCUCUCCCACCAGUCCUAAAGGAUUUUUUUAGUUUUUAAAAUAACUUGAUUGAGAUAUAAUUCAAGUACCAUAAAAUUCACCAAAGUGUAUAAUUGAAUGUCCUUUAUUAUGUUCAUGAUCGACCUCACCACAAUCUAAGAUCACAGCAUUUUCAUCGCCCCUAAGAAAAGCCUGUUACCCAUUAGCAAUUAUUCCCCACCGCAACCCACUCCUAUGCUACGCAACCACUAAUCUACUUUCUGUCUUUAUAGAUUUUCCUAUUCUGGACAUUUCAUGUCAAUCGAAUCCUGUAUUGUAAUAUGUGGUCUUUUGUGACUUGCUUUAUUCACUUAGCAUAAUGUUCUCAAGGUUCACCCGUGUUGUAACAUGUAUCUUUAUUUUAUUCCUUUUCAUGGCUGUAUAAUAGUCAAUUAUAUGGUUAUACUACUUGUGUUUAUCCAUUCAUCUGUUGAUGGACGUUUGGGUUGUUUCCAUUUUGUGCCUAUUAUGAAUAAUGCUGCUAUGAACAUUUUCAUGUACAAGUUUUUGGGUGGACAUAUAUAUUCAUUUCCCUGAUAUAUACUUAGGGGUUGAAUUGCUUGGUCAAGUGGUAAAUCAGUGUUUAACUUCUUGAGAAACUGCCAAACUGUUUUCCAAAGGGGCUGCACCAUUUUACCUUACCAUCAACAGUGUAUGAGGGUACUGAUUUUUUCACAUCUUCACCAACAUUUGUUAUUGUCUGACUUUUUUAUUAUAGUCAUUCAUUAAUUAUGGUUUUGAUAUGCAUUUCCCUAAUGACUAAUGGUUUUGGGCAACCUUUCAUGUAAUUAUUGACCAUUUAUAUAUCUUCUUUGAGAAAUGUCCAUUCAAAUGCUUUGCCCUUUUAAAAAAAUUGGGUUAUUUGCCCUUUUAUUUUGAAUUGUAAGGGUUUUUAACAUAUUCUGGAUACUAGACUUUUACCAGUUACAUUAUUUGCAAAUAUUUUCUACCAUUCUAUGGGUUCCCUCUUCACUUUCUUGAUAGAGUCCUUUGAAGCCUUUUAUUUCUCUUUCUUGCCUGAUUUCCCUAGCUACCACCACCAGUACAACAUUGAAUAGAACAAGAGCAGAUAUCCUUAUCUUGUUCCUGAUUCUUGGGGAAAGCAUUCUUUCACCAUUGAAUAUGAUGCUACCUAGGUUUUUUUGUAGAUGUCCUCAUGAGGUUGAGGAAGUUUCUUUCUAUUUCCACAUUGUUGAGUGAUUUUAUCACGAAAGGUUAUUGGAUUUGUCAAAUGCUUGGGGCAAAACUGUAAUGUAAAGUGAACGCUGGAGGGAGAGGGAACCCCCAUGUUAUUAGCCAUCCCCGCCCAGAGUGGAGUGCCUGGAAUAAUUUCCAAGAGAUAGAGCUGAGAGGGAAUAAGGGAAUGGGUAGUGGUUCAAAUGCCAUAUACCCUCCCUGUUCUCACCAAGAUUUAGUAGAUUUUCUUGAAUGAAUUUUUCUCCGUUUGCUAUAUGCCCUUAGGACAAUUUCCAGAGAUUUUGAAUAAUUGAUACUUUUAAUUUCCUCCAGUUAAAUAGUUGGUUUGUAGGGAGACUGUCCCCCGAGCUCCUUGCACUGCCAAUCCAGAAGUCUUGCUCCUAAUUUUUUGUGCCAUGACCAUGAAGAAAUGGGAUGCAUUGAUGAGAACUUUGACCAUCAAGUGCACAAGACGUAGGCUGGAGCCCUAGAUCUGCUUUUCACCAGCUAUGUGGCCAGAGCUCAUGUAAC